AUGACACUGCUGCCCCCAAACUUUCCGCCAGCAGGAGCUAUAAGAACCUCCAAGUCUUCAACUUUCUCCCAAUCCCAGACACCUCGAAGGGGCUCCAAGGAGGGAUCGGGAGGGAUUUUUUUUUUUUUUUUUUUUUUUGGCUGGCUUUUUUUUCCCCUCUUGGAUCUCGAUGCCAUCCCCCCUCCCCCCGAAGUGAGGUCCUCCCUCCCGCCCUCUCUCCUCCUCCUCCUCCUUCUCGCAGGCCAGCGAAGCAGCCGACCAAGGGGGAGCUGGCGGGUUAGGUGCCCCCCUCUUCUCCCUGCCCUCCCCCCCCUCCCGGCCCGCUUCUUGUGUCUCCCCCCAGAGAUGAUGCAGCAGGACGAGUCAAACUCGCCAGUCUCCCCCGCCGACGACAGCCUGAGCAACAGCGAAGAGGAACCGGACCGGCAGCAGCUGCCCCAUAACAAGAGAGGGGGCCGCAAGCGGCGCUCCAGCCGCCGCAGCGCCGGCGGCGCCGUCGGGGCCGCGGACGAGCCCUGCAGCCCGGCCCAAGGCAAGCGGGGCAAGAAGUGCGGGGCGGGCGCGGGCGGCGGGGGCGGCGGCAGCAGCAGCGGCGGCGGCAGCCCCCAGUCCUACGAGGAGCUGCAGACUCAGCGGGUCAUGGCCAACGUGCGGGAGCGGCAGCGCACGCAGUCGCUGAACGAAGCCUUCGCCGCCCUGCGCAAGAUCAUCCCCACUCUGCCCUCGGACAAGCUCAGCAAGAUCCAGACCCUCAAGCUGGCGGCCAGGUACAUCGACUUCCUCUACCAGGUCCUACAGAGUGACGAGCUGGACUCCAAGAUGGCAAGCUGCAGCUAUGUGGCCCACGAGCGGCUCAGUUACGCAUUCUCAGUGUGGAGAAUGGAGGGCGCCUGGUCCAUGUCCGCAUCCCACUAG